GUAAAUACUUUACUGACAGUUGCUAUCUUCCUCAGGCUCCUCAAAGAAUCGUCUGAGAACAUAAAUUGAACUUUGGUUUAUAUGAUGUUCUUAUUCUAGGAUUUUUUUCGAAAUAAUAUAACACAAAACAUCAUCAGGAAUAUCUCUACGUUUUUCAAAGCAAAGAUGCUCAAGGUUAUUGCUUUCGAAAAUUUUGUACAUUUCAAAGAGAAGCAAGUCAUCAAUUUCGAAACUACAACAAGAACUGAUGAUAAAAAGAAUAAGAAAGUUGUACUACAAAAAACAGAUGAUAAAAAGAAAGCUUCAGAAGAAAUUUUAGAUGAUGAAGAACAAUCUCAUGGAUCAGACAAAAAGAGUAAACUUGCUUGUUUCGUUGGUGCAAAUUUUUGCGGCAAAAGCACCGUGUUAGAAUUAAUUAGACGAUGUAUGACGAAAGAAAUCAAUGUAUCCGUGACUAGAUCGUUCAAUGAAAAUAAAAAGGCAUAUGUGUUUUGUAAAUUCGACUUACAGUCUGAAGAAGUAAUUUCUGGAGUAAUAAAGGAAGAAAACAAAUGUGGACAAUGCAAAUUUUACAAAAUAUUGAUAUACUCUAACGAACGUGGAAAAAUCCUUCGCUGUAAUACAUUUGAAUCUAGCGAAUCGGCACCACAUGAAAGUUUUCAAAUAUUAACAGAACCAGAAGAUAGAGAUGAUAUGAAAUAUCUUUUUCAAAAGCAUAAAAAAGAAUCCAAGUACGUUCAACAUAUUUUAGAAACAAUACAAUCUAAAGAGAAUAUCAUAGAAAAGAGGGAAGGUGAAUUAGAUUGGAAGGAUUUAGAAAACACAUACGUGGCAACAAUGCCUCUUAGAGGAAUUGGAAUAGUACAGUGGACAAAAAGUUGCAAAAUUGGAGAUAAGGCUAGGAAUUAUAAAAUGGCAUGUGAACGGGCAGAAAUAAUUUCAGAACUUGUAUCAUCUGAAUCAAUUGGUGCAGAUAAAGAAAAAGUUAUUUUUGAUUAUUUAACUUAUCCGCAGAAAUUCACUUUUAUACUAGGAGAUAAAGAAGACAAAGAUAGAAUUUGGGUUCAACAUGGUCGGUUUGAGCCCUUCCCAUUAUUAAAAACUUCUGAGGGUAUAAUAGAAGCCAAGCAGGUUUCUUUGCUUCUUUCACACAGAGACAUUAAAACGCUCAUUUUGGAGGAGCCUUGUAGAGGAAUGCACGCCCAGAUGAUUGAGCGCUUAAAAACAGUCCUGUGUCAAGAGGGAUUGGAGAAAACUAUCAUCGUUUCGACACAUAGUCCCUAUUUCAUCGAUACUAGUACAAUCAAUAACACUCAUGUUUUCUUCCGAACUGAUUCGAAAGACUCAAAUUAUGAAUGUAAUAUUAGAAAUGUAGGUCUUCAGAGAGAGCUUUCGAAAGUAUCCGAUGUUGACACGCUGAGAAAUCUUCUCUUUGCAACGAAAGUUUUGUUAGUGGAAGGUCCGUCUGAUAGGGAUGUCGUGCAAGCUCUCUUCACACACCUGCGUGAAAACCAACAAAUUGAAAUUGGUAAAGAGGAGAAACCAGACAUAACUACUUACCAAAUAAUUCCAAUUGGUGGGUGCCAAAACGUCAAAAGCGUGCUCAAAUUUUGCGAGUUUAUCAAUCUUCCCUGCUCUUGUUUACUGGAUCGUGAUAAAUUUGUAUCAACUUUUCCGGAAGGUCUAAAAAUAUUGGAUAAUGAAUAUGUUUGGAAAGAUGAAUCGGACUUUCUUAGGGAAGGUUUUCAGGAACUUUCUGAACAUUUGAGAAAAAAGCACAUUUUUAUUUGGAAGUAUGGUGCACUGGAAGAGUCAUUACUAAGUACAGACAACAAGAAUGAACACAUCGCUAGAUCGCUUAAUGUCGAUCUUAGUGAUCCUUCCAACAGAUGCAAAAAACUUAAACGUAAAUUGAAAGAAAGGCUCGAUGAAGAAGAAAGAAGAUGUUUUGCUCAACAUAUAUCUGAAGUUGAAGAAAUCAAAAGGUUUUGUAAAUUUUUGAAGGAUGAAGAUAAGACAAGAAUUGAAAAAUCCGGGAUCUUAAGUCAAGAGCACACUUAAAUGUUGGGAAAAAAUUGAAGAUGUAUUGAAAAGUUGUUGAUUGAUUGAUUGAUUAUAAUUGUUUUACGCCGAGUCUUAAGGGCAGAUGAUACAAACAAUUGCUUUUCUUUGGAGGAGACUUACUAUCUUGUCACAAGUUUAGAAAAGUGUAUAAUUCUUAGAUUUUUUUUCUACUAAGAACUGGAAAAUGUUUACUUUAACCUUUAUUAUAUAUAUUCAUGUAUACAUUAUUGAUGUGACUCUCGACUCAGAGAAUGAUUUAUUUCCAUAAUGAUUUUCCUUCAAAAAUUAAUAAAAGAUUUCACAUUUUCAUUCUGAAUUCAUAAUUUGAUGUCCUUACA